AUGGACCUCCCUGGCGAAAGGGCAAGGACAUUCUGGAGGUCCUGGAGCAGGAGCAGCUCCUCACCCCGGGAUGUGGUCGCGGCCUGUGCCGGCGCGCGCUCUUCCUGCGGCGCCCGGAGGUCCGGAAGCUCCAGGCAGCAGCACAAGUUCUCUGUGCUGGUAGCGCCCUUGGCGCCUGACCUGCCCUUCAGCGGGCACGGCGCUUGCCAGGGACACAUCGUCUGGGUGUACUAUGAGCCCUUCAACGAGAAGUGCCUGGCGAUGGCCUUGCGUACCAUUGGCGUGAACCUGGAGGAUGGCCUGCUGGACUUCACGGGCUUAGAGCGCGUGGGCCUGGGGCUGUUUCUCUGGGACUCGCGGAGCCACGGCCUGGAGGAGGACGGGGCGAAGAGGUACCGCUUCCGGGGUGCAGAUAUUGGCCUUGGGCGGGCCGGCUGGUCGAAGAAAGAUGUGCAGAGUCUGCGACCUCGACACCUUCGGGAAAAGCUUCGCCGUACCUCGCUGGCCCAAAGCCGACCUUUGGAGCCUUAG